AACUGCGGAAACAUUGGAAAAUAAAUAAAAAUCACUCUAAAUGCCACUGUUAAAUUAAGAAACUGUAUAUAUGUAGAUACAUAUAUAUAUAUAAACUGUUGGUCAGGUGAGAUGCUGGUCAGUUAAAGACUAAACAGCAUUUCAAGUUGCUGGGGGGGUAUGAGGAAACUCAAACAUCUUUUAUUUCUGUUGCAUACAGAAUAAAUGUACCUGUUCAGAGGCGGGUGUGAGAGGCUGCGCUGUGUCUCGUCGCCGUCUCCGUGCGUGCGGACUCGCGGCUGUCACUGGGAUCCCCGUGGCUGUGCGUGUGUGCGAGCGGUUCCCAAAAGAGCUCCAAAAACCCAGGCGCAUUGUGCUCAGUGACAGGCUUGAGAGCUGGUCUGUGGCGUUCCCCAGGAAUAGUCAGCUGUGGAAGUAGUUAAUCACAGUGAUCCUUAUCCUGAAUGGCCUUGAUAUUUCUUCUGGGAUAUUAAUAUAGUUCAUUUCCAGGAGAAUUCUUAGUCCCUUGUAGGACUUAGCCAGGUGUGCAGUAAUAGGCUCAGGCUAAAUGGUAUUGUUGGCAUGUCUUGCAGGAAAUUUUGUGUUCACAGGCUAAGUUCAGGGAAACUAUCCAAUGAAAAAAAAAAGCCCAAAGAUACAAUGAGUAUUAUCAUUAUUUUAGAACUUUCUGAUAAUUUGCCAUUCAUUUAUUGACCUGUUCAGUUUAAUAUCUGUAGGAGUAAGUCGUUAAUUAGGUAUUUGGGAUGAAUUUGGGCUUGUGUGAUUUCUGACUGAAAUGAUUUCAUUAAGUUAACAAGCUGGUCGGGGCAGUGAGUAUGUUUGUUGUUGUUAGUCUGCUCCUGCAGUGGCAAUGAGGAAACGUUUCCGUUAGUGCUGGGAAACUGGAGGGUAACUUGGAACUUAAUGAAGUGAAACAGGAUUGCAUUUUGCUCAGAGUGAUCCUAUUAUGCCUCAGUUAGGGCCAUGUUAUUGCUAACCUGAAAUCAUUAGCUCUUACUGUCUUUUCACAUUUGUUUUUUUAGCUAUAUGUGGGCCACUAUGUGUUUUUGUUUUAUAUUUUUUCAGUUGUAUUAUUUUUAGUUUUUAGUUUUCCGUCUUUUGCAGCAGUGUAACAGAAGCUCUAUUUUAAUGGAAGGUUUCUCUGGGUUUAGGGGGUUCCAUGUUAAUGCCUUUAAAAUUCAGUGGUUAACUUCUGCCUUAACCUCAAGCUGGAAAGUGACAAUGAAAGAUGGUAUAGCACAGUGUGUAAUUUCAUUUUACAAAGUUUUAUCAGAAUUGAUUCUACUGAUAUGUAAACAGGGGAAACCUCAGGAACUUUCUUUUCCCCCCAGCGUGCACAUUCAGUUCAGUUUCAGGCUGUACACUGUUUACCUGACAAGUGGCUUGUCUCCUGACUGAUUGUAUUUGCUGAGUUGGUUCUUGUCUGAAACUGUGAGGAAGGGGAGUAGGACACCCCCAGGGAUCCCUUCCAGAUCUGUAUUCCCAGGCCAAGGUCCUACAGACCGGGCACAGAGGGGGAAGAUUUUUCAGAUGUUUUGGUGCAAACACAAUUGCUUCCCGAGGGAGAAAUUUGGCACGUUUCCUGAGAGAACCGUGCUUGCGUAAGCAGCCCCCUGCCACCCUCUGAGCUGUGCUAGUACAACCAUUUGUGGGGCUGGUGGUGAAUUGCAUUGGGGGAACUGCGGUGGGUUCAAAGGCACCUUUUCUUCCUUUUUAUUAAUUACUUUUAACUCUGAAUUGUCUGACUCUGUGGCUGCUGUGUCAGGGCUGAGAAGGUGGCCUGGAAGGAGGGAACAUGUGGCAGGGAGCAGGAGAUGGCCAGUGACCCAUGUGCCGAGCAGCCCCGGCCCGUGCCUGGCAUGCUGGCUGGAGUCAGCCCCUGCCACUGAGGCCAGGAGGAGGGAGGAAUCACCAUGGCCUCACCCCAGCGGGCCCGGCACAUUGGCCCUCCUGACGGAGGCUGGGGAUGGAUGAUCGUUGCUGGCUGCUUCCUUGUCACUAUCUGUACCAGGGCCGUGACAAGGUGCAUCUCCAUAUUUUUUGUGGAGUUCCAGGCAUACUUUGGGCAGGAUUAUGCCAGAACUGCUUGGAUCCACUCCAUUGUCGACUGUGCUACAAUGCUCUGUGCCCCGCUUGGGAGUUUAAUCAGUAAUCAUGUAUCCUGCCAAGUUGGUAUCAUGCUAGGAGGGAUGCUUGCAUCUUCUGGACUAAUUUUGAGUUCAUUCGCCACCAGUCUGGAACAUCUCUACUUAUCAUUAGGAGUCCUUACAGGACUUGGGUUUGCACUUUGUUAUUCUCCAGCCAUUGCGAUGGUGGGCAAAUACUUCAACAAAAGAAAAGCAUUGGCGUAUGGAAUAGCCAUGUCAGGAAGUGGAAUUGGUACCUUCAUCCUGGCCCCCGUAGUCCAGCUCUUAAUUGAGCAGUUUUCCUGGCGAGGAGCUUUACUCAUCCUGGGAGGUUUUGUUUUAAACCUCUGUGUCUGUGGUGCCUUGAUGCGGCCCAUUUCUCUUAAGGAGGAUUGUAAAACUGUUCCUGAGUUUCUUGAACAGGAUCGUGUCCCUGAAACAGAGAAACAAGACUUAAAGCAAAUGUCCAUCUGUUCACCUUUAAUCAAAGUGUGGUCUCGUGACUGUUUAUGCUACUGUUCGUGGAAGGAAUAUGACUUUUUACUGAUGCCAGGCUUCAUGGUGCUGGCAGUGUCAGUUUUAUUUAUGGCAUAUGGAUGUAGCCCUCUUUUUGUCUACCUAGUGCCUUAUGCUUUGAGUGUUGGAGUGAGUCAUCACCAGGCUGCCUUCCUCAUGUCCAUACUUGGUGUCAUAGACAUCAUUGGUAAUAUCACCUUUGGAUGGCUAACAGACAGAAGGUGUCUGAAGAAGCAUCGGUACUUUUGCUACCUCUUUGCUGUGGGAAUGGAUGGCCUUUGUUGUCUUUUCCUGCCAGUUCUCCAAAACUUCCCCUUGCUUGUGCCUUUCUCAUUUACCUUUGGCUACUUUGAUGGAGCCUAUGUAACGCUGAUCCCUGUCAUGACAGCAGAUGUAGUGGGAACUUCCUCGUUAUCAUCAGCACUGGGCGUUGUGUAUUUCCUGCAUGCCAUACCGUAUCUGGUGAGCCCGCCUGUGGCAGGUUGGCUGGUGGACACAACUGGCAGCUAUACUGCAUCAUUCCUCCUGUGUGGAUUUUCUAUGAUAUUUAGUUCAACACUAUUGUGCUUUGCAAGACUAGCAAAGAAAAUCAAAAGAACACAUUUGCGGUCGCUCAGUAGUGAUAGAGGCAUGAAACAGCACAUGUGGACAAAUGGAGCAAUAGCUUAUUCUGUCACAGCAGAAUUAGACCAAAAGGAUGUUGAAUUUUUGGCUGUGGACACAAACAGCUGCAGCAAGAGGUGACAAGUGCCAUCAAGAUUCAGUACGACACAGCCGUGACUGAGACAGAGGUGGCUCCGUAGUGUUACGCUGUUGAAGAUACUACUCCUGUGAACCAAGGCAUCUUUCAAUUAGAUUUUUCUGUCAUGCUUUAGUUGCUUUAGUUGACUAAAAUCUACAUACAGCAACAGUAAUACCAAGUUAAUGCAGUAAUAGAAGAAAGCUAGAAUGAAAAUAGAGUUUGUAGAUACAAAUGUUCGCAGAUUUAUUUGAAAUGCAAUGUCCACUCCACAGGUAAUCAAGAAUUGGCUGUACUCAACAAUAAAUGAUAAAGUAAUCAGUCACCAAAACUGAACAAUAACAUUUACAUUAUUUAAAAAAUAUUAUUAAUGACCCAAGCUUUUUGAUGUUGUGGUCUAGUAUGUUUCAAUGGACUAAUAACACACACCACCAAAAAACCUCCACGUGUGAUUUAUGCUGAAAGUAUCUCUGGAGCAGCUUUAAUUUUUACAAUGUGCCUGAACUUUGUACAUACAUUCCAAUUUAAUUUCAAAUAUGGUUUUAGACCUACUUUCCCAAGCCCUCUACAGCAAAAAAAAAUUAUAUUUUUUUUCCUCCUAGAUGUCUUUAAAGCUUGAAUUUUCAAAAAUUGAAAUCCCAGAUAUGAUUUUCCAGCUGAUCCUUGUCUUGGAGGGUGGAAGAGGUACUGUGGCAGCUCUGCUAUCUGAAAAGGAGUAAAUCUGUGCCGGAGGACUAGGCAUGCUGAUAGACAAACCUGCUUUAGCUGCAUUAGUUGAAAGAAUCCUAAAGGCAGCCCAGGAGACCAGAGGAGAGGCUCAUGUGUUUUCAAAUACAGAGGCUCUUCCUCUUGUAAAAUCAGCAGCUGUUGGAAACUUUAGAGUCCGUGCAACCAGAUGAUUGAGAGACUGCUCCCUCUCUAGGCUAUGAGUAAAGAGGAUUGUGCUGUGUAUUGCAGUGGCAAGUCUGUCUCGUUUCGGCCCCAGGAGCUGUAUCUUCAGGUGAUGCAAUUUAGUCGUUUGUGCCAUCUGAAGACAUGUCAGGUCACUUGUCCUUGACGGCCAGAACACAACAGCUGCGACUGGGUGGUGGCUUCCUGCUACUUGUGUGAGGAAUUCACUACAGCUGGCUGCUUCACAGGAGCUAGGGACUGAAUGCAGAUCAUGGGUUAAAUUACUGAUCUGAUAAAUAAUGGGAUGUUUCUACAUUUCCAGAAUGAAAAUGUUGUCAACAGUGGAGGAACUUCACAUUCCGCAAUACAAAUAAUUUCAGUAUUUUGAUGCUGUAUAAAGCUGUGUUCUGUUCAUUAACAAAUUGAUCAGAGUCCAAAUAAUUUUCAUUAACACUGACCUAGCAGUUUUGUUAAUCAUCUGCAGUGUAUUCGGUGGCUGCUCAUGGUGUCCUUUUCCACCCUGUGCCUCGGAAGGGAAAGCAACAUAGAUUGAUGUUCACAACAUUGAUUUAGAUCAAGAGUACAGCCAUAGGGGUAUAAUGUAUUUUUUAAUAUAUAUAUAUGAAUAGCAUGUGUAUCAAGUAGUUUUAUUAUUCAAGCAUAUUUCAAAUAUAAAAUAUUAAAAUUGUUUGACUUCAGUUGUCUGUGAUUAAAUAAAGCAUUUCUCGCUGCCCUGCUUCAGAAGUGUAGUCAGAGCCAGUAGGAUGAUAUAUGUGCACAGACCACAGAAUAAGAGAUGGGAGUGCAAAAACUGCUUAAAGGUACUGACAUAACGUUUCUUCAGCUCUGCGUGAAAUUUGAGUGCUGGUCCCUAAUAUUGUUUUUAACAUAUAUUCAUUAAAAAAAGACAAAAAUCAUCCAAGAGUGUUUCUUAGUGAGUUAGGAAAAGUAUGCAAAUCUGGAAAAAAUGAAGUGGUUUUAUUAAUUAAUACUGAUGAAGAUAAUGUUUUAGAUCUUCAUGCAGUAUUUUAAUAGUAAAGAAGUGGGGCAUAGUAUGGUCUACAAAGAAUAUAAGUAAUUUUAAACAAGUUAUAACCACUGUUAUUUACUUUACAAAAAUUUAAUUACUUUGUUUAACACAUCAGAACACGUCACUAGUUGUUCAUGUCAGAGCUGCAUAUUGUGAAAGCCUAUUGGAAUAAUGUGGUAUGCAUUUUUAUCAUAGUAAACUAUACUGUGUAAUACAUUAGUAGCAUUUUUAAUUUUUUUCAUUUCAAGAUAUUUUUUUCAUAGGCUUUUCCCUAUAUGUGUUUAAAGUAGUAGUACUUGUUUUAAACAUCUUAUUUAGCAACAAACAUUCCACUGGUUUUAUACACAGACCUUUUGGAGAAAAUGGUAGACUUCUUUCAAGGUUUUCUAACACUGUUUCUGCUCUGACUGAAGUCAAUGGAGAAAAGCUUAUAUACCAAAAUGAUGCUUUCUGUGCAUAAAACACACUGUGAAAUACCAGCCCUGUCAUGAAUGUCCCCACUAAGAAACAGAAGGAAGCGUAACAACCUGCAAGCAGAAGAAAUGGGAAUACAAUUGAGGCUGGUGAAACCUUACACCAGACUUCUACCUCCUAAUCCACACAACCCAAGCUGAACAGUUCAUCUUUAUCCUGCCAUGUGAUAUAUUUCAGGCAACGCAUUGUAGAAGUCUCUGGCUUGCAAUAUUUUUAAAGAAUGAUUUAUUGUAUCUGUAAUGUUUUUUUCAGACAUGAUAAUAUUCAGGCUGUCCUUCAAGGAGGAUAUUUCCUGGCAUGGCACAGUGCAGCAGUAAACUGAGAUAGCUGGGCUAGCUGUGAGAGCGAUUUGCCAGGCUUACACUGCAUGUUCAAUGAUCUUAGUGGUCUUUUCCAACCUUAAUGAUCAUGUAAUUCUAUGUUCCUGCCAGCCCUGAUGGAUACAAGUAUCGAUGGAUAUGAGCUUGGAUGGAGCACUGCACUGCUGAGCCUGUCUGGCUUCCCAGGAUAGCGUGGUUUGACUUGACUGGGGUAAGAUCUGUCCGAGACAGGAACAGAAAGAUUCUACCUCAGAUGAAUCCAGCCUGGAAUAAUGCUCUGUUCUGUGCAGUGGAUGCAAAUUCAGUGUCAUGAAGAUCUACAUCCUGCUUCAGCAGAGUCCAUGUAAAAUGACAUUGUAACUGCAGCAGGGAAGUCUUCAAGGAAUCCUUGGAAAUGGUAGCUUCAAAGCUGAAGGAGUGCUGCUCACUGUUGUUAUGCUUCCCAUUUUAUAGAAUCCAACCAUCAUGUGGUCUGUGACCACUUUCACGGGAAACAGAAAGUGAAACUUCAGCUUUUCUCUGAGUCUGCCGAAGAAGCAGAACAGUCUGCAGUUGGAGAAUCGAAACUGCUGCAUGAAUAAGCUGCUCUUUUUCAGCCUGGCUCUGUGCCAUAUAUUACUCUGUGUUGUGGAGAAUGUGGCAACAGCUCCUAGUGCUUCCAGCAUUUACUCUGUUCAAAGGCAGGGGUAUCUAUGAUAGGGGGAAUAUUUCAGUCUAGUGUGGGCUGUCCUGGUUAUCAUGAACAGGGUAGGGAAGGGUCAUCUCCUCCUCUUACCUCUGCACCUUUGCACAUCUACAUCAUGCUUUAGGCUCCUAUUUUAUUGGUGUUGGGUCAUGCACGUGAGCACAGCCCCUGCCUGUUCUCCUUCAUCCUGUGCCUCCACAUCACAAGGUCUCUGCUGUUGUACCAGGCCUGUGUUUCUCUGCACAGUGUCAUUAUCUAAGAGUACUAAAUAUCCCACCUGCAGGAACUGUUUGUCGCUGCUCCCUACAUAAACCCAGAGUUAACCUUUCGUAAAUCAAGUUCAGUUCAAGAAACUGCUGUCACAGUUGUGCCAAGCAAAACAAAGUCACAGGUGGGUGAGGACAAGGUCAAACUGAGCAGACCUGGCAAGCCUCAGUCCCAAGGCCAUGCAAACUCAGUGCAAAGCUUAUGGCCUGUUGGGAGCAACAGCAAUACUGUGUUACAGGGCUA